AUGGUUGUGAUUAAGAUUGCAUUUAAAAUGUGGUUUUUGAUAAAGAUUACAUUUAGGGCACGCGCUACACAUGUUCGAGGCUUUCCUGUGUUGGCUUUAAUUAAUUCCGUGGGACAGAUCGUAAUUUUGAGCUUGCCAACUCUUCGGCACCUUCUAUGUACUCAAUUGUAUGAACAUGCUUUAGAAAUUGGCGACGUGUAUUGUCGGAAAACGUCGCUGUCUGAAUACGGUCUUGGUUUUUACUGCGUAACAGCUUCAGAGAUACAAAAGUUUACGAUUUGUUCGGAGUUGGCAGAUCAAGUUAAGGAGUGUGCUGGUGAAUUAUUUGUUCCAGUUGAUAUGCCUGGACCGCCUAAAAGUUCCUUCUUCAAAGGCGUUUCUACAUUAUUUGUUGGAGCUCAUAAGGAGGAAAUAGAUCUUGACUCAAUAUUCUCUGAAAAGGCAGCUGGAGCUAUGUCCGGAAGUGGAAUGCGUUCCGUUGGUAGAACUAUUCCUGGCCCUUCAGCCAGCAUUGAUUUGGCCAGCAGCAGAGUAGUAACAGCAGGUCAUGCUGCAAGCGCUGCAGUGCAGGCCAUCAACGAAAGAGGAGAGAAACUAAAUGCCACAGUUGACGCUACCGAGCGACUUAUGGAAAAUGCGAUGUCUUUUUCGCAAAAAGCGAGCAGACUUGUGGAGAAAUAUGAAAAAAAGAAGUGGUAUAAUUUCUGA